CAACGUCCGUGACACAGUAGCCCACAGUAAACACAGAUUGUCGCCUCACCGACAAACCAACAAACCAGCUAACGAUUACAUGAGCAGAAAGUGAUGUGCUUCUCCCAUCUGGCAUAGUGGAUCACUAUAGCAGAGCUCCCUCCCUGUCCUGUUGCUGUUCCCCCUGAAGACCUCCACCACUUCCUCCUUUCCCAUCCUCUACCUCUUCCUCCCCCCGGCCGCCCCUGUGAUGCCUCCCUCGUGCUGUGGCUGCCUGUCACAGUACACUCAUCAUCAUCUGGUUGCCUUCCUUCUCACCUUCUUUAGCUAUGUGUUGCUACAUGCGUCCAGGAAGACGUUCAGCAAUGUGAAAGUCAGCAUCUCAGCCCAGUGGACACCAUCUGUCCGGAAUGGCAGCGCAGCUGCUUUCUCCCCUAACCAGACAUGGGAGGACAAUCAUCUGUUUGAAAAUGAAGAGCAGGCCACUCUGUUCCUGGGAGCUCUGGACUCCAUCUUCCUCUUCUCAUAUGCAGUGGGGCUGUACUUCAGCGGUGUGAUUGGGGACAGAGUGAACCUGCGCUACGUGCUCUGCGUGGGCCUGUGUGGCUCUGCUGCAGUGGAGUUUGUGUUUGGCACUCUCACCGAAUGGCUCCACAUCUACAACAUCUAUCUGUACUGUGGCCUGUGGGUGCUGAACGGCCUGCUGCAGUCAGCUGUCUGGCCCUGCGUGGUGGCCGUCAUGGGCAACUGGUUCGGCAAGACGGGCCGUGGCUUUGUGUUUGGCCUGUGGAGUGCUUGUGCCUCUGUAGGAAAUAUCCUGGGGGCCUUCCUGGCUUCUAGCGUACUCAAGUAUGGAUAUGAGUAUGCCUUCUUGGUGACCUCAGUGGUGCAGUUUGCCGGUGGGGUGGUGGUGUUCUUCGGCCUACUUACAUCCCCAAAAGAAGUCGGUUUGUGCUCUGAGUCAGAGACUGGACUGAGUCCGGUGGAGACGGACACAGACAGCCACAGGCCUUUGAUGAGCGACGAGGAGGGUGAGAUGGAGGCCGAGGUGUAUGGCAGACAAAACCAGUCAGUUCAGGAGCCGGACAAUCUUCUGGCUGAGAGUCCUCGAGCCAUCGGCUUCUGCCAGGCUUUCUGUCUGCCUGGAGUGCUUCCCUAUUCCCUGGCGUAUGCAUGUCUGAAGCUGGUCAACUACUCCUUCUUCUUCUGGCUUCCUUUCUACCUAAGCAACAACUUUGGCUGGAAGGAGGCCGAGUCUGACCGCCUGUCUGUGUGGUAUGAUGUCGGAGGAAUCAUCGGAGGGACGGUUCAGGGUUUGAUCUCUGACUUCAUGGGAAAGAGAUCUCCAGUGUUGGCCCUCAGUCUGGCGCUGGCGAUGGGAGCCCUGGUGGGAUACAGCCGGUCACCUAAUGACCAGGUGAUUAAUGCUGCGCUGUUGACAACCACUGGCUUCUUCAUUGGCGGUCCGUCUAAUAUGAUCAGCUCUGCCAUAUCUGCUGACCUGGGGAGACAGGAUGCUCUGAGGGGCAGUCAGAAGGCUUUGGCUACUGUCACUGGCAUAGUGGACGGAACUGGAAGUGUAGGAGCUGCUGGGGGACAGGUGAACAAAAAUACAGGACAUUUCACUUGGAAAACUCUUCUUGAGAGCAAGCUGGGCUGGAUGUACGUGUUCUACUUCUUCGUUGUCAUGACAGGGGGCAGCAUUGUGUUCAUCACUCCCCUGCUCAUCAAGGAGGUGCGUGAGAUGUGGAGAGACCGACAAUUGCUGCGCCGCCAGCUGUGAACGCGUCAACAUCUGCCAGCCAUAAUGUUCCUCCUCUUAUCAGUGACAACACGGCACAGCUGCUCACAAACGGUUCCUUUUGGGUGAGUUUCGGGAGAUGGAAAGAUUUGUGGGCCAGGAUGGUUAAAGUGACCUGGAGAGUUUUUUAAUUCCCACAACCAGCAGUAUUUGUCUGUUAGCACCCAUGUGAGCAGGCAGACAGCUCAACACUGAAGUCUUAUCCACUCACUAAAAUCCUACAAAUGUAAAUGCACUCUUGUUUUAGUGUGAAUACAAGGAUUUAGAGGUUGGACUGAAGUACCUGAUUGAAAAAGGCUUUUAAAAGGCACCUAGCUGCCCAGUCUGUGACUUCAGGCCUUGCAGCGCCAUCACAGGAAAUCUGUAUAUAUUAUAAGAUAAUAAUAGAUGUAAAAACGUUUUAAAUUUGGCCUUUUAAAUCAGGAGUUCUUAACUUAAAAAUCAGGCCCUCUGAGACAAUUUGGGGACCAUGAUUGCCUAAAGAAUGUGAAUAAUAAUUGUAAUGUAUACAUUUAUUGUCAGCUUUUGUACAUAUGUAUGAUAUUUUUGGUGGAGAUGAUGAAUAUUGCACUGUAGUACAGUAUUUAGGCAAAGUCUUAAAGAUGUUAGUGAACCACUCUGAUGUUGUUUUGGGAAACCUCACAGCCACUUGAUUUCUCUUGUGUACAGUUUUGUGUAAUCAGGGUUAGAAACUAUACUGUAUAUGGGGGGACUGGUUCUCUUGAUUAUGUGUCAGUCACUGAUUUUAAUAUAUGCUCAUUCCUUUUUCAAGUUUUAGUUUAAGCCUCACUCACAAACACACACUGGCAGAAACACAAUUAGAAUAAUCUUCCAUAGUCCUGGCUCACUUUAGUUCACAGCGUAGCAUGUUAAUGCACUUUUUAAAGUGUAAACUGCAUUCUGACAUUGCAGAAGAGACGAGUUGUGCUUGUGUGAAGCUGCACAUUUGUUUGAGGACUAUGAAUCUGUGUCUGAACAGAUUUGUUAUUAUGUUUUAAAAGGCCAGUGAAGGUAAAACUUGUCUUUUUAAGUUAUAAUAAUCGGUCAGGGUGGGAAAAUGAUCAUAUGAUAAUAUGAUCAUACCAGCCACAUGCCGGUUAAUGUUUGGGCAGAUUUACUACUUUACUGGUCAGUAACCAAACAUCAUUUUUGAUCCGGAUAAUUUGGGUUAAAAUGAGACUAGAAUUUGUGAUCUUUCACAAAGAGACAAAACCGACAGUUUGCUCUGUUGCAUGUCGACCAUUUAAAGUGCUUUUUAACAUCUUGGUGUGACAUCAGGCAUCUUUAGUUUCAUCGUCGUCGCUGAUCUAAGAGGUAAAUCUAGAACACGGGAGCUUAAAAUGAGACUUGCAGCUCCGAUGCUUCUAAACUUGCCAAGUGUAAAAGAAUGUGAAUUGAAAUGUAUAUGUAAUGUGUAACACUAUCUGUGGUGUGUAUCUUGUUUUAUCUUGUAUGUGUACUUUUGGUUUUAACUAAUGUAAAUACAAAUUUUAAUUUUAAAUAAAUGCAAAUUACAUUUAGCAAAUUGUGAGUUACCUACAGAAUAUUUCAGGGGAAAAAAGUAAUGGUAUAGAUGGUAAUUAUUGUAAACUAUUUAGGUCUUAAAACUUUUUCUUUUAUAUUGCCAGGUGAUUGACUGUGUGCAAUGUUACUAUUAUACCACCAGGGGGGGGUAUUAAUGUACAAAAUAAACCUAAAGUUUCAUAA